AUGGUUUCGACACUCACAUCGCCCACAGAGCCGGCCAAUGAUGCCCCGCCUGCCCCGGGUGGCCGGCUCGUGCAGCCCGAUGAGCUGCGGGCUGCGUUCGCGAUGGCCAUGUCGCAAAUGUACAAGAACGAGGUGCCUCUGUACGGCGACCUGAUGCGUAUCGUGCAAGGAGUGAACAAGACAGUGCUCGAGCGUUCUUCGGACGAGCCCCCCAGCCCCGAUGCCCUCGACCAGCUCACCAUGGAGCGGCAUGGUGCCAUCCGCCUGGGCAAGGCGUCAGAGCUCCGGACCGUCCGCCGCAUCUUUGCGCUCCUCGGGAUGCACCCGGUCGGCUACUACGACCUGUCGGCGGCCGGCCUGCCCAUGCACGCCACGUGUUUCAGGGCGCCCGACUCGGGCUCCCUGAGACGUAACCCGUUCCGCGUCUUCACCACGCUGCUGCGGCCGGAUCUCAUCCGCUCCGAGGAGGCCCGCCGGCUCGCUCUGGAACUGCUGUCGCGGCGCAACCUGUUCAGCGACGAGCUGAUGCGGAUGCUCGACCGGGCCGAGGACCAGGACGGAAUCCCGGUCGAGCAGGCCGACGUCUUCAUCCGCGAGGCGAUGCAAAUCUUCCGCUGGGCGCCGGUGGCGGCGUCGACGCUUGCCGAGUACCGAACGCUGAGGGAGCAACACCCGAUCCUAGCCGACAUUGCCUGCUUCCAGACGGCCCACAUCAACCACCUCACCCCACGCACGCUAGACAUUGGCAUGACUCAGUCGGCCAUGCUGGGCGAGGGCAUGGCCGUCAAGGACCGCAUCGAGGGCCCGCCUCCCCGCAAAUGCCAGAUCCUGCUGCGCCAGACGAGCUUCCUGGCCCUGGAGGAGGCCAUCCGCUUCAAGAGCGACCGGGCACCCGAGCAGGAGGCCGCAGCCAACCUGGUCAGCGCCUCCCACAAGGCGCGGUUCGGCGAGAUCGAGGAGCGCGGCGCCGCCGUGACGCCCCAGGGCCGCCGGCUGUACGACGAGCUGCUCGAGGAGGCCCUUGCCGGCAGCGCGGGCAAGAGCAUCCCCGAGAUCGAUGCGGCCAUGGCCGAGGCGUUCCUCAAGUAUCCCGACGAGUGGGACGAGCUGUGCGCGCGGGGCCUCGUGUACUACGAAUACCGCCUAGGGUCCAGGAAGCCCGGCACCCACGACGCUGUGCCGCUGGGCCAGGUGGCCGAGGCCGAUGUGGAGCGGCUGGUGGGUCGGGGCUUGCUCGAAAGGGUGCCCAUUACGUACGAAGACUUCCUGCCCUUCUCCGCGGCGGGUAUCUUCCAGUCCAACUUGCCGCAGGACGGCAAACAGGAACCCGCUCAGAAGGAAGUCGUCGAGCCAUCACCGGACCACGUUGGUAUGGAAAAGGCCCUGGGUUCUGCCAUCAUCAACCCGGACGGUCUGUAUGAGGAGGUUCAAAGGAAAAGUCUGGCGUCCAGCUUGGCGGCGUUGCAAUCAAUAGUGCAUGGUUCUGGGCCACAAUAG